AUGUCCGAUUCAGCCAGCACCGCAGCCACUGCUGCCCCAAAAGGUAAGAGCUUAGCGAGUAGUUCCCCUAAGGCGAAAAGUGAUACCCCCCCUCAACUCAAGUCCGUUGCUCUUGGCCCUAACACUGGGAACGGCAAAUCGAAACCAGGCACGACAAAAAAUAAAAAGAAAACCUCUUCCGAAAAACACUACCCUAUAGCCAAUAACAAUGUUAGCCAUACUUCCUCCGCGAACACGGUCGUUAAUGUCGGUCACAGUUGUGGGACCUGUAAGUCAGUCGAUAACAGCCGGAUGGUUCAGUGCGAUGAUUGCGAUGGAUGGAACCACUUUAGUUGUGUGGGUGUGAACCAAAGUGUGGAGAAUAGAAAGUGGAAUUGUGCACAGUGCCAGGCGAAGAAAAAGAAGAAGACGGGUGCUACGAAGGUUGCCAGGAACACCGCUGCAGCGAAGAAGGUCGAAAAGUCGAAGCCGGAGAAAACCAGCGACGGGAAGAAGAACAAGACUCCAUCUACGACGAAAGAGAUGGAAGAUUCUUUGCCGAGGAAACCCGUGGGAACCACGAAACCACCCAAAGCAGCAUCUGUUAAGUCAGCGGGAUCGAGAAGGUCGGCGAAAGCGCACCUGGAGCUGCAAUUGCAGAAACUCGAAGCAGAACAGAAGCUGCUAGAAGAGAAAAAGAAGCUGAUGGAGAAACACUUCAGCAUUCUGGAGGAGUUGGUCGACCUGGAGGAUGAAGAAGACGCUGAUGAAGAGGAAGUGGACGCUGAUACUAAGGUGCAGAACUGGUUAGGCGCCACUGGUGGAAGGCGCCAAGAAGAAGAAGAGGAAUCUCCUAGUGCGGAUGAAGAAGAAGAGUGCUCCGACGACGAAGAAGAGGAAGAAGGUGGAGAAAUGGAUUCCAGCGAUGAUUCCGAGGAGGAAACGGUGACAGACAGCAGCGAUGACUCUAGUGAGGACGAAAAGAGAGGAACUAACGAAUCCAGCUUCAAUCCGAAGGGUCGUUCUACGCCAGCAAAGAAAGGUGAAAACAGGCGAAAAGACGCAACCAGUAGCCGGUUAACUUGUAACCUGACGCGCAAUCAGCUCGCCGCUCGCCAUGUUGUCGCUAAGGACUUGCCUGCGUUCUCAGGGAAUCCCGAGGAAUGGCCGAUGUUUUUCUCCACUUUUGAGAGCACGACCCGGAUGUGCGGCUACACAGACGACGAAAACAUGAUUCGGCUGAGGAACUGCCUGAAAGGAGAUGCGUUUGCUGCCGUUCGAAGUUUUCUUCUCCAUCCGAAGACAGUGAACAGGGCGAUGGAUGCGCUCAAAUUGAAAUUUGGACAGCCAAGGUUUAUCAUCGAAUCUCUGAAAGAAAAGGUUCUUGCCAUUCCACCGGUCGACCCUGAGUCGAUGAACGCGAUGGUCGAUUUCGCGCUGGACGUCCAGAACCUGACGGUUACGAUCGACGCCUGUUGUCGGAAGGAGCUCAAGCAGGAUGCUUCGUUGCUGAACUCACUGGUUUCCAAGCUUCCGGGACCAAUGCAACUACAGUGGGCGAAACACUCCAGAAGUAUUCGGAAGGUUAACCUGAAGACUUUCGGCAAAUGGAUCUACGAAAUAGGCGAAGACGCAUGUCUGGUUUCGAAGCCGCGUCAGACCAAAGUAUCGUCCCACAACCAGGAGCCACGCAGGAGAACUAAGGCAUACGUGAAUGCUCACGUUGAGCACCAGGGGGAGUACCACGCUCAUUUGCCAGGAGGUAGUACAUCAUCAGCCGGUGCCAGAAGAGCCUACCCCACAGCGUGCAUUGUCUGCGGGGGAUCUUGUGCAUCUCUCGCUAACUGCCUAGGCUUUCGGGAGUUGUCAUACGAUGGGCGGUGGGCAAUCACACGCGAAGCCAAGCUGUGCCGGAAAUGCUUGAAGCGCCACAGAGGAGGAUGUGUGUCCAGGAACUGCGGAGUCAACGGAUGCACAUGCAAACAUCACCCAUUGCUGCACAAGCAGCUAAACCCAGAGUCCGCGCCCAUGCAGCCAAACUCAGAGUCUACGCCCAUCCAGACUGGAGACAACGCGCAACGGGAAGAGCGGUCCUGCAACACUCACCUGUCCGGGUCCAGCGCCGUCCUGUUUCGCUAUGUUCCAGUCGUGGUGCAUGGAAACGGGAUUGUGAUUCAAUGCUACGCUUUCUUGGAUGACGGAUCCUCGCUAACGCUUAUGGACCAAGACCUAGCAGAUGAGCUGAACCUAAAAGGAGAACUUCGUCCCUUGGGCCUCAAGUGGACUGGAGGCACAUAUCGAACAGAGGACAACAGUCAAAUCGUUAGUUUAGAUGUGUCCGGACUUAAAGGAAAGCGGUAUCACCUGGAGGAUGUAAGGACAGUGGAGGAGCUGCAACUGCCGUCUCAAACGCUCGACGUGACGCAGCUUCAGAGAGAUAACCCCUAUCUACGAGGAAUGCCGGUAGAUUCGUACACUGAUGUCCGACCUCGUCUGCUAAUCGGAGUGCAACACGCUAACGCGACGUUGGUCAGGAAGAGUCGAGAGGGCGAAUCCGGACAACCGAUUGCAGUUAAGACCAACCUGGGAUGGACGAUCUACGGAGGAGUGCCGACGGGAGAGUCGCAUAGUAUGGUGCACUAUACGUACCACGUUUACGCCUGUGACUACCAGAUGCAAGAUGAUGCUGACGGGAAGCUGGAUCGCGCGGUGAAGGACUUCUUCUCUCUUGAAAGUCUAGGAAUAACAGCACCCACUAAGACGAUGCGCUCCGUCGACGAUGAGAGGGCCCUCAAGCUGUUACGUGAGCUAACCAAAUUCGAAGGCGAGAGAUAUACAACCGGCCUGCUCUGGAGAUACAACAUCACGCAUCUGCCAGACAGCAAACCGAUGGCGCUGAAGCGGUUCUUGAAUCUCGAGCGACGCAUGGCGAAAGACCCGGAGCUGAGGGGAGUACUGCAACAGAAACUGGCUGAUUACGUCACCAAGGGCUAUGUUCGGAAGCUUACGAAGGAGGAACUGGAGGAAAACCACGAGCGUGUCUGGUACUUACCAGUUUUUCCGGUCAUCAACCCCAAUAAGCCAGGAAAAGUUCGACUCGUCUGGGACGCCGCAGCAACAACGCAUGAAGUUUCGCUGAACUCUUUACUACUCACGGGACCGGAUCUGACCACUCCGCUUGUUUCCGUGCUCUUCAAAUUUCGCGAACAUCGAUUUGGUAUUUGUGGCGACAUCAGGGAGAUGUUCCACCAGGUUGGAAUUAGAGAUGAAGACCAGCAUAGCCAGCGAUUUCUGUGGCGAGAUGAGAGAGAGCUAGGUGAACCCAGUGUUUACGUUAUGCAGGUGAUGACGUUCGGGGCGUGCUGUUCUCCAUCAAGUGCACAGUACGUGAAGAACAUGAACGCGGAACGUUUCAGCGAGCAAUUCCCAGCGGCCUCUGCGGCCAUAGUGCAGUGUACGUAUGUCGACGACAUGUUGUGUAGCACAGAGACCGAAGAGGAGGCGAUUGAGUUGGCGAAGACUGUUUGA